UUGGCGCGGGGAAGAGGUGGGCGCUAGUUACUGGAGGGUGUGUUGGCUUUGCAGCUUGCCUACUCAGUUUGCAAGGAUCACAGCUGCAGAAAAUGUCAGUACGGCCUGGGAGAACGAAGUCGAAGGAAAUGACUUGGAGCGAGAAGGAACUCGCAAAGCAUUUGCUGAACAAGAGGAGAACGUCGGCCACUGCGGACGGGAGUUCGAAAUCAUCACCAAAAGUCGGUCAGAAGCUGCAGGCAGGAACAAGUGGAGCUGUGAAAUCAGGCCUCAGCUCCACUGUGCCUGCAAAGAGAGGGGCAGAGGUGAAAAGGGGAAGUGGAGGGAAAGAUAGACUGUCGUCGACUGUGGCAGCUGGCUCUUCAUCACCAAGCGGUAGUCGUGCCAGAAAAGGAAGGAGAUGCGAAGAAAGGAACUGCUAAAGAUUCAUCUUCUCUGAGCUCUCAAGCCAGAAGUAAAGAGAAGAGAGGUUUGGAGGAGAGACGAGAAGACAGAAGACGAGAGGACGUAAGGAGAGGGAGGGAAGGAACUAGAAACGAGAGAGGUGGUGGUAGAGACAGCCGGAGAGGGAAAGAAGAGGCUGGGAAGAAGGAACGUGACCCAAGAGAAAGGGAGAAGGAGAGGGAGAGAGAGAAGGAAGACAGAAGACGACGGAGGGAUAAAGAGAGGGGGAGGGAAAAGGAGGGGAGAGGGAAGGAAGGAGAGAAAAAUGCAAGAAUCAGCAGCAGCAGCUCAACUGGAGAAAAACCGAGGAUCAGUCCAGAAAGGGAGAGGAAACCACCAGCAGGACCCUUACCCCAGCCAAUGGAAGAAGUGAAAGAUGGAGAUGCCAUCGAAGAAGAUUUUGAAUACGAUGAGGAGUUUGAGGAAGAUGAUUAUGUCGAUGAUUUUGACGAAGAUAUCGAGGAACAUACCGAAAGUGAAGAUUUUUCUGAUGAUGUCAUUGCUAAAUCACCCCCGGCAACAAACCCUGACCCAUCGUCUACUGAUGGUAUCGACCUGGUAGAGAUCAUGCAAGCCAUCGAUGCCGAGAAUAUGGACGUAACACGUCCACUCCAUUUGGAGCCCACCCCCUCCCUUGGCAUUGGAACAACUUCCUCGCAGGGGUCACAAAGGUCAAUGGGUCAUCGGAAAUUUGUCGACUUCUCGUCAGCCAAGAAACUGAGGAGAGAGAACGUGUAGCCCGAGUUACUAAGAAACGGGGACAGGAGUUGUUGUCAAUGAUAGAGCUGGACGUGGUGACCUUUGACCUGUUUGACCUGCGACCUCUAUCGGAGUACGAGGUCUACAUGAGGAGUUUUGGGUCGUCUGGUACGAGGCAGGCCGGGAGUCAGACUGGGGAAGAUACAGUUGAGGAAGGCACCCAGACGGAGGAGGUUGAGGGGAGAGAGAAAUGGGUCCAGUGGCCGCCCGAAGAUCUCAAAGGAUUCGGAGGUCCGGAUGGUGAGGAGAGAGAGGAGACUGGUGUUGAUGGGGACAUGGGCAGUGCUGUUAGAUUGGCUUCUUUCUUGAAAAGGGCCUCGCAGGUUGUAUCGGUGCUGCUGGAAGAGAAUGCGGCACAAAAUGACGUGUCCCAGACCCAUUCCAAUCAGUCCCCGAUUCCAUUCUGCUCGACCAGAAUGAAGAUAGAGCCACCUAAAGAGCUCCGAGGCUGUAUCUUGACCUCUGUGGAAUACAGCCACGCCCACCCUCACCUCAUAAUGACAAUCCACUCUCCGGCAGCGGGGCGGGAUGAGGGGGAGGGGCCUGUUCCAAAAGGGGGAGGAGCCAUUUGUGUAUGGAGCACAAGGGAGCCUUCACAACCUCAGUUUUACCUGGUAAGCCAGUCUCCCUCGGUCUGCGGCAGUUUUGGACCAAUCAGAACGCCUCUUGUCUUCUGCGGGACAGAGGAUGGGUGUGUCCUCCUCUGGGACCUCCGAGAGACCGUUACCAUGCACACCAGACCUCCUGGUGUGACCACACCCACCAGCCACACCCACAUUCCAAGACCACCAACAUUCAGUACAGCUGCUCUGUCCCAGAAGUACAGUCACCAAUCUCCCAUUGUGUCCCUCUCACCUAUCACCACCUCUACUCCUCACAACUCUCCCUCCUCCCACCUUCUCACCGAUGAUGAGUCAGCAACUAUCGGCCUAUCAUUUCAACUAGCUUCACUUGACAGGAGUGGUUUGUUGAUUAUCUGGGUUGCCGUGGAGACCAAGCCACACCCACAAGGCUCGGAGAGCGACCUGGGCCUGAUUCCAAACGGCCGAGUUAAAUUAGUCUGGAGUGCGGCCCUAGAUACUACGAGGUCGAGUCCCGAUUCCAUUCCAGUUCAGUCUCUCUGUGUCCGAUUCCAUUCCAUAGACACCAAUCACAUCUUCUUUGGAACUGAUGAGGGAACAGUAGUUCAUUGUACUCGCUACAGUCGCCGUCCCAUUCCCAGACUGUACAGGUCCCACGCACACGCCCACUGCCCCUGUGAUGUCACCUCGUUAAGUUUCUCGCCAUGGCAACCAGACUAUUUUCUCGCGAGUUAUUCGAACGGCAACAUAUCACUUUACAACAUCAAGAAAGCUAACCCGCUGGUGGUGUGGACGGAAUCAACCAAUGGGAUUGCAGUCAGUAAGGUGGAGUGGGCGUGGCACAUUCCUGGAGUGUUUCUAGCACUGGACGGUCACUCCACCCUAUACCUCUGGAAUUUGACAGAGAAUGACAGGGGUCCUACCCAUUCUUACAGCCCGGCAGAGGACACCCCAGCUAUCCUCUCCUUCUCCCUCUCUCCCUCCUCCACCUCUCCUUCCAUCGCUCUCUGUCGCUCCAACUCAACCAUCGAGAUCCACCAACUAUCAUCACUCACUGGUGCCCCGGCAGAUUCAGAAACUCCAGAGAAACUACUCUUACCUAACUUUACCAACUACCUCCACAGUCUGUAGCUCCGGUCUGUAGCCAACACUUUGGCAGAUAAAAAUUUCCUUUCAGUUUUACACAACAGUAUAAUAUACAAUUAUA